UUGUCACAAACUAACCUUUUUCCUAGAAACUGUAAUCAUUUUAUUAUAUCUUAUUUUUUAGACCGAGGUGUUGCCUUAAGGCACGCAAAUGAAGCUCGUCUUUCUUCUCGUCCUCGUGGUCGUUCAUCUCGCAUUCCUAUCAUCAUUAUUCCAGCUGCUCCUACAAGUCUCAUAACCAUGUAUAAUGCCAGAGACAUUCUGCAGGACCUAAAAUAUAUCUCAUCUGAAGAAAAACAGGCUUCAGGAUCAAAACGUGAAAAUGAAACUCUGAUUCAGCGCCAAAAGCCUAAUGGCCGCACGAUACCAUACAGAGUAAUAGAUCAGCCUCAUAAGCUUCUUCCUGAAGAAUGGAACAGAGUUGUUGCUGUAUUCGUUCAGGGACAAGCCUGGCAAUUUAAAGGUUGGCCGAUGGGUCCCGAUCCAGCUACAAUUUUUUCAAUGAGUCUUAUCAGAGUCUCCCUCUUGCCCCGUAGAAUCCGUCUGCUAUCUCCAUGGUUCAAAUAUUUAAUUCGACCUCUGCCACCCAUCUGUGCUAUUCGAGGCGCUAUUACCCCUCUUUUGCGUCUGGGUGACUAA